CAUGCGCACUGCGACUCUCCAUCAUUUCUAAUAUCCCUGUGUAGGAGAACCAGCAGAGGCAAGGGAACUAAUGGGAACCAUGGGAAAACCAAUACCCAACAGCAUUUGGGAGUCAAUAUGUUGAAUAUAUCUUAUCUGGCUGACUGAAGGACAUAAUUGUGGGUGUCAGAAGACAAAUGGUAAAAAACUAGUCAGAAAAAGGACGUUCCUGUGUGAGCACAACACACAACGAUUUCAGACCCUCACCUUUUCAGCUGCUUGGCUCUGAAUGUCAAAAUGCAGUAAUGAAAGUCCAUGUGCAAUUCAGCACUGUAGCCAUGAAGCAGCAAGGGUAGGGUCUGCUGUGAGCUUGCCUCACCCUACCCGACCACCUGCUCAUCCACCUCCCCUUCAGCUCCACCUGAGAGUGGAGUCCCACGUUGAAGCAUAAUUCUACUGCCCCACGCAUCUCCUCUACCUUCCCACCACCGCUUUGGUAGACAAACAUGACGUACAUUGUGAAGACGCUGGUCUGAUAUAUACCUCUGAGGUGUCGAGUGUAAAACCAGUGGAGCAAUGAAUGGCGGAAAGGACUGUGAGGCAGGAGAUGAGAGGCAGGCCGUCCCUGUCCAGGUCCCCAUUGGCUGGCAGCGCAAGGCGGAUCUUGGCCGAGGGGUCGUAUACAUAAGUCCCAGUGGCUCAGUACUGUCCAGCUUGGAGCAGGUGAAGACCUACCUGCUGACAGAUGGAACCUGCAAAUGUGGCCUGGAGUGCCCACUCAUCCUCCACAAGGUGUUCAACUUCGACCCAGGGGCAUCAGUCAAGCAAAGGACAGCGGAGGAUGUGAAAGCAGAUGAAGAUGUCACCAAACUCUGCAUUCACAAGAGGAAGCUUCUGGCCGUGGCCACAUUGCACAAGAGCAUGGAGACACACCCACCUCUGACAUUGACAAGCCCAGGGGGAGGUACAUCAUCUGUAGUUUCUGGGCAUUCCACAACUCCACGAGCAAUAAGGACUAAACCCCAUGAUGGCCUGCCCAAUGCUGUUGGUCCCGACUGCAAAAGUCCUUUCAAGAUGAUGAUGGUAGCUGGACAACAGCAACAGAGGCUGUAUCCACCCCAGGAGACGGGUAUAACGCAGCAGCCAGAGCUCUACUCUGGGUACCCCAGACCACAAAGGCUGGGCAGUGGGGAGCCAGGCCCUAAAUCCCCUUACCGGGCAGGGUAUGGUGGCAUGCUGAGCCCACAACGCACCAGUGCUAGGCUGUAUGGAGAUGGUUCAAUGUCUCCAAGUGCGGACACUUUGUGCAGCCCUGAUGGCUUUUCAAGGACCAAUCCUUGUGGUUUUCCAGGAGCCGGCAGUCCUGGCUCAGUCUCAAUUCAUGCUAAUACUAGGACACCUCUUUCCCCACACGGUGUGAUGCUCCAUGGCUCCUCUGUGAGCCAGCCAUCCUGUGCUAUGACAGGGAGGACUAGCACACCCUUAUCCCCAACGGCCACUGCCAAAAGCCCUGUCAUGAACAUGCCACGGGGCAACUUCCCCCCUAGUAUGGAAAUGGCCCGUGCAGCAUUUCACCAUAAAACACAGCCCCCUGUGCAUCCAGUGCCCCCCCAAUCCAUACCAACACCCUGUGCUCUUCAGAAAAGACAGCUGACCUCAGAAAAAGACCCCCUCGGCAUCUUGGACCCUAUACCCAGCAAACCAGUCAUCCAGCCCCUUACUAAUGCCCCAAACCCCUCCAACUUCCAGCCUAACAUCCACUCUCAGGUACCAAUGAUGAAUGUAAACAUACCCCCUCCUGCCAUUGUUCCCCUGCCAAGCAACCUACCUUUACCCACCAUGAAGCCUGGGCCUGUGGGGCAUGGUGGCCAUGUUCAGAGGACUCAACAAGGUGGACCGGCUUCUUCCAUGUCCCCAUCCCCUGUCACUUCCCCUGUCCACAUGGCUGUGCCUAUCCUGGGGAGAAUGGAGGCUUCCCCUCAUCGCUCACGCUCAUCCUCCACCUCCUCUGAUCAUGGGAACUUUGUAAUGCCUGCUGGGCACCAGGCCCCAUGUGGCAGCACGAAGGUUCCUCCUCGUUCCCCCAGGUCGGCUAUGGGAUCCCCUAGGCCAGCCAUGCCCUCCAGCCCCUCCACCAACAAAACUGACCCACUUCACCAGUACAAAGAGUCCCAGCUGUUGCCUGGCAUGGGAAACUCGAUUGGUGCCCAGCAGCAUGGUAACCCCAUGUAUUCACCCACGUCAUCAUCCUCCUCUUCAUCUUCUUCUAUGGCAGCCCCAAGCGCUUCCCAGAAGGGCCACCCAGGACUACUGGGCAUGCCCCUCAACCAGAUCCUCAACCAACAGAAUGCUGCUUCCUUCCCAGCCAGCAGUCUCUUGUCAGCCGCAGCCAAAGCACAGCUAGCAAAUCAAAAUAAAUUCAGCGCUGCUGGCAACAGCACUGCUGUGAUGGCUGGAGGUGGAGUUGGUAUGACAGGCAUGGGAGCAGGUAGUGGAGGUAAUGGUGGGAGUGGUGGCCACCCAGGCUCUAUGAGUGCCCCCAGAGGCAUUGAGGGACACAGCACUUUAAAUCCCAUGCUCCCUCCUAACUCCAACAUUCUGCUCAACACUCCUGAAGGCCAGAGUGGAAGGGCAGCCCUUCGAGACAAGCUCAUGGCCCAGCAGAAGGACCCCAUGCGCAAACGGAAACAGUCAUCAAGCAACACUCCUGUAAACCAUGACAAUAGUAACAACAUGGUCUACAACAUGCUUAACAAAUCAGGCAUGGGUGGACCACAUAUGCCAGGACCCAGUGCACCUGAACAGCUGAGAAAAUUGGGCAGACUUGGAAACCUUCCCCCAAACACCUCAAUGGCCCAGCUUCUCCAGUCCAUGAGCUGCCAGAGCUCUCACAACUUGGGUGGGAACAGCCACCGUCCAGGUCUUAGCCCUGGCCCAGGGCAGGGUCCUCAAGGUGCCGCACAACUGCACUAUAACGACUGCAUGGGAAUUGGCCCCGGUGGCCCUCCAUGUCAGAAUCUCCAUGUCCAGCAGAGGCUGCAGGGUCCUGGAGAUGCCAUGCAGCACUGCCAGAACAUGGACCCUUCUGGUGGUCAUCUGGGCUCACGGUUAGGCCAGUUCCCUGACAUGAGGGCUCAAAUGCAGGCCUCCUCUAUGAAUAACUGUGGGCCUAUGGGGUCAAGCAGUGGACCAGUGGGUUCUGAUGGCAUGCCAUUGGGCCACCCCAACACUAACCCCCCACCUCUAUCCCAUCCUGGCCCCAAUCCCUCACAGCAGAACCUCCAUCACAGUAUGGGACGGACUAACAUGGUGGUGAUGCCACAUGGAGGUGGUGAUGGUGGCUGUACACAGACCAUUUCUGAUACAGGAAACCCAUCAUCCCUUGGCUGUGGUGUUGGCCUGCAACCGCACAUUAAUGUUGGAGGUCAGAUGUAUCAGCAGCAGAUCCACCAAGGCAUGCAGCAGGGGGUGGCCUCCCAUCCAGCCUACCAGGGCCAGCAGCACUUUUCUGACAACCCACCCUACACAGACAGCAGCAUGGCCAACGCUGGCUCCAUGGCCUACAUCUACCAGAACUACCAGCAGGGGAUUUUGCCACAUCCACAGUUUGGGGAGGGGCAACAGCCCCAGGGAGAGGGGCUUCCAACAGGUACGUCUGGAUCUGACAGAGGCCCAGUUGGAGGGCCAGAGUCGGUGGAUGCCAUCUACAGAGCUGUAGUGGAUGCCGCUAGCAAGGGCAUGCACGUUACCAUAACCACCACAGUUAGCGGAACAACACAGGCAAGUCCAGUGCCUGCCCUUAGUGCCAUGAGUGCCUUCACUGCUUCUAUAGGGGAGCCUGUUAACCUUCCCCAAGCAGUUAGUGCAGUCCUGCACGGGCACCAGGAAGGAGAGCAAACCAGACCGAGGCAGGUGAGGCCAGGACGAGGUCAGAAAAACAUGGAUGCAGGGAAGAGCACUCCAGAUGGCCCAGAGGCCCAUGACUACUUCCGUUCUCCUGGCCGUGGGACUCCCAGGGCUCAAUGGGAUGGGGAGACCCAGCAUGGGGGGAGUUUUGACUCGCACAGCAACAACAGUGCUUGGGGUGGUGAGGAUUUCCUAGAGUGUUCUACCCAAGUUAGGAGUAGUCCCUGCAUGGAUCGACCCGCCAGCUUGGCUCCUGCCCCACCCUGCCCUACCGAGGGGUCCAACGAUCAUGGCCUGGCCAUGGCCCACGAUAAGGUCUUUAUCGAUGAUGGCUAUCGCUUCAACAACUGCAGUCGGACUCCUAAUUACAAGGAGCGUUUGGAGCAGACGGUCGAACGCUGCGCUCAUAUGAAUGGCUCCACCCCCCACUUCAACACUCGGGGUUACGGAGAAGUCCUGGGUCCCCCACGGCAGGAGCUGACAGGGGACGACCAGUCGCCCAGCUCCUCCACUAGCCUGGAGGGACCCUUGGCCACAGCCAAAGACUACAGCCACUACAACGGCCAUUUCAACGGUAUGGCGCCUAGUCCCUCGGACACAAAGAGCCUGAGUAGUGAGGAGGACUUGCGGCAGCCAGACUCUCCCUCCUCAGAGCUGCUUCACUACCGGUCCAGGACUUUCAACAUGGGGGAGCUGGUCUGGGGUCAGCUUAAGGGCUUCCCUCCCUGGCCUGCCAAGCUGGCCGGGGAUGAACAAGUGCACAGUGCUGCUAUGCAGCUGCGGGAGCAGGCGAAGGUCGAGCCAGAGAAGCUCAAAACACUAACUCACGACUUGGAGGCACUUGACAGAGCUGCCAAAAGAGGCCUGAAACCGGGGAAACUGAAUAAUCACUUAGAAGCUGCUAUCCACGAGGCAAUGAGUGAGCUGGAUAAAAUGUCAGGCGCAAUCCCGUCGAGGGAUCGUCAGGUGAAGCUCCCGAAGCCUAAGAGGAGGAAAAUAUCCAGAUAACAGUGAAUGUGUUGGCCCAGGAACGUCCUCAAAGUCUUCAGCGACUUUCUCCGUUCAGCCACGAUGUGAUCUGAGCUCUCUAACAGGUGCUACACAUAGACUUUCAGUGGUACAUCAUUGUUCCAUGAUAUCAACUUGACUUAUUGACCGACCACAGAAGGUGCUGGAAAUUCCAAUCACCAAUACAGUUCUACGAUAACAAGCAAAAUGAAAAAAAACAAAAAUAUAGAAAAAAAAGUCAAAAAUGGUUGCAAUUUGUCUACUGCUCAAUGAAUUAACUAUUUUUUUCUAGUAUAAUAUAGUAAAACAAACAAAAAAAAGCUACAAGCAUUACCUUACAUAUUUAAGAAAAAUAGACAGUCCAAAUAUUUCUGAUACAUUUUCAAUAUGUAUAUAGAUAAUCCUGAAAUUUCAUGCUAUUAAGAAAUGAAUGUAAAUAUUGUAUAAUGUCAUGUACAAGCGUACCUAAUGCACAUUUUAUCUUUUAUUGUACAAAACAAAGCAGAAGUGUACCAAUGUCUUGGUUUCUAUUCAGAAAUGCGGUUGCAUAUGACCGCAUGCAUAGGAUAAAUAAGAAUACAGCCUAAAGCUUUUAUAUGAUGAACCGUAAGACGUGCUGUUUUUUUAUUUUAAUUUUUUAUUAUUAUUAUUAUUAUUAUUAUUUUUAAAUAAGGAAACAGCAGUGGAACAGGCAUAAGUAUUUGAGUCCUCCAUUAUGACAAGUCACUUCACUCCAGUUGUGUUUAUUUGUACUGACGAGAUAAAACACAUGAAUGAACUUUUAUGAGGAAGUGUUCAGUGUUCCCCCAAGAAAUGACCACCUGCCACACAAGUUUUGGUUAAAUCUUAACCAUGACAGGAAAAUCAUGACUCAGAGGGAGAACCAGUUUUGUCUGUUUAGCACGUGAAUCGGUUGUGGUUUUAUCACAACCGCCAGACAAACGUAAAGUUGGUUACCUGCAGUUUUCAGAAGGAAAAAUCCACCCUUAAGCACUUUCAUGUUACAUGUUAUUUUGUGUUGCUUGAGUUUCAGGAGUUUUGCAAGAAAUGUUUUAGUGUGAAUUAGGUCUGCAAUUAAUUAUUUCCGUAAUUGAUUAAUCUCUCGAUUAAUUUAAUCAUGCUCUCAAAUGUCUUGUUUUGUCUACAAACCAAAAUUAUUCAGUUAUAAUGAUGUCAUUAUAUGGCACAAAGAAACCAGAAAAUUCAAAAACUAUGGACUGGUGACCUGUCUAGGGUGUACUCCCACUUUCGCCCUAUGUCAGCUGAGAUUAGCACAGCACCUUGUGCGACGUCAUGUGGAGCUUAAAGCGGUAGAAGAUGGAUUGAAUAAUUGCCAGGUAUUGAAAGUGAAAGUUAUUUUGGGAAAAGGGGCAGAAGCACUCACUCAUUGAACAUGUUUUGACAAUACUACAGCCAUAAAAUCAAAAUGAUCCCGGUUCACGGCCCGAUAGUAAUGAUUGUCAUACGAGGGUUAAAUAAUAAAAAAGUAUUAUUAAAAUAAACCCACUCCUAAUCUAUUAAUUGAUUGUCAGAAUAGUUUGAUAAUUGAUUUGAUUAUUUGUUUCAGCUUGAGUCGGAAGUGAGUAAAUUUUUUGAGAUCUUCCAGAAUCAUUUUUCUCACAGCACAAAUUUGCUGUUGCAUGGUCACUGCUCAUUUUCCCAAACAUGUGCAGUGAAAAUGACCAUUACUACUCACAGAUGUGAAGUAAAAAAGCCUCUCUGCGACAGAAUGAGACACAAAACAUUUGACAUUUCAAAAUGUGCUGAUUCUCUGACUUAAAAGAGCACUGUUCUGGCUGAAGUGAAGUUUAAAAUUGUGCAGACUAUAGUGAAAAACUCUCUUUAUAAAUGUAGGAUCAUUAUCUACAUUAAUCAUGUAACUGUGUUAUUGCAAUAAAUAAGCAGUCAGUUGAUUGGCAUGAUAUUUAUCCCUAAUUAAUCUUAAUUAAUCAAUAUACUGAUUGCAGCUUCUCUCUUGAGAGGAUUUUCAUUUGAUUAGUUGUAAAGUGAUUAAAUAGGAUUUCAUUGCCAUGUAGGAAGGAAAUCAUGAUAUUUGAGGGCCUUGUUCUUGGUAUUCCAAUGGUGCAUCGUAAACAUUGAAUUAAAUCAGUACAGUAAUCUGCAAGAUGGUCAAAAUAAUCACCAGUUGCAGUGGCAAAUGUAGACAUUUUAUCAUUGUUCCAUGUCGGCAAAAAAUGCUUCUUAAUAAGAUCAGGUCAUUAAUAAUAAAUGUAGCGGGAAGUAUGUAUCUUUUGGUUAACUAAAGAAGUAAAACUCCUCAAAUGCAACACAAAAUCUCCACAAACUGUGCAUUUGGGUGGAUUUUUUUCCAUCACCUCCAACCAUGAAUCAAUAAAUUGUCUUAUUUGGUCUUUGUGAUUAUGUUCUAGAACUCAUUUGUACAGUGAUUUGUUUUAGGUCCAUGACUGUAGUCAUUUUCGACACGACUCUAGCUUUAGGUAGAGUAUCCAACCUCAGAGGCAAAGGUUAGAUUAUCAUGAAAAGAACACUAACUUGGUUUUCAAGAGCAGUGAAAGUAUUUCUCGCAUUUAGGGGCCUUGCGUGAGAGUGUGUGUGUGAGUGGGUGUGUGUGUGUGUGUUUUUUUUUUAAUUUCUUUCUAUCUUUUUGUUAUUGAUGUAAAUUAUUUAUGUACAGUAUUCCAUAUUUAUUUUAAGCUUUACAAAUAUGCUAGAUGGCAAUAAUACUACCAAGAGUUGAGAACUCAAGCCUUAUAUGUGUAUAUGUAUGUUUGUUUUUUUUAACAAGUGAGAAGCUCAUGUAUUCACAGUCCAUUACAAAGGUCAUGUUCCCUUUUAUUUAAAAAAGUGAGUAUUGCCGAUAACUCCUCUUUUUUUAUUUACAGUGAGGCUUUUUAAGUUGCUUGUUUUUUGUUACAGAUUGUCUUUUUUUUUUCUUUUUUGUUGAAGACCGUAAAUAUUUAUGAAAAUGCAUGUCUGAAAGGGCAGUCGUCGUCCAUGUUGGUAAUAAAUGCAGUUGUAAAACUAUGAACGUUUCAAGUCGAAAAUGGAGAAUCUGAAAUUUGACGUACUGUGAUGCACGGAAUUGGGGACUGUGGAAGAACUCGUGUACGCACACAAACACACACACAGGUGCUCCUCUAGAUCAAAAUCAACUAACAACCUAAAACACUAUGUUUUAUCAAGUGCAAUAUACCAAUCAAUGACAAAGAACAACUGUUUAGAAACUUGUGCACACUCAAAAAACUGGGACUGUAGUUUUUGUCUGCCUUCAAAACAAUUUAUCUGACCUCACCCUAGAGCCAUGGAGUAGUGAUUUGUUUGCAGCUUUACAUUUAAACACAUCUACAACUGGUUAAAAAUAAUGUAUUUAAUUUGUACUGAGGUACUCCACUCUUAACAAUUUCUGAUUGAUAUCUGAUUCACACAUCAAACCUCCAAAAUAGAGUUCCUCUGAAAUGCCAUGACAUGAAAAUGACCUGCAUUUAGGUUGAGGACCAGAUGAACAAAUGACUUUUGAUCAUGGUAAAAAUCUAAUUCUACUACUUUUAACACUACUGUUCAUUUUUGUCCUCUCAAGAAAUGCUCAGAAUCAGUCAAAAAUAUUAAUUACAGCCAAGUUAACAUGUUUGUUCGUGUUAUGUCACUCUUUAGAACCUUAAAGUUACAUGUACUGUAUUUUCUGGUGAGAUUUCUCACAUAGUUCAAAACAUAUCUGACUUUAUUUAUGAUGUGCACACUGAAAAACUCCCAAGGCAUUUUGAAAAAAAUCUGACAUCAUUUGCUAAAUAAAAAAAAAAGUGGGCUUUAACCAAAUUUAACAUUUUAAGAUACUGUUUGCUAGAUUUGUGAAGAGGGAACAUCUUGUUAUGGAAGCCAUCCUUUUUUUCAAAAUGCCCCUUUUUUUUCCAGUGUUCACCCUUUUGAGAACCUUUUAGUUUUUACUGUAUUCCGUGGCGAGAAAAUCUUCCGUUCCUUUUCGGAAUGUGACGUUCGGUGUCGAACAUGUGAGCUCUUUCAGUAAAGUUCAUUCUGCCUUUUUCCCCUCCCAUAUUUUUCUCUUUGUGCAAUGACAUGCAGGAACCCCGUCUCUUGUUGGGAACCCAUGUGUUUUGGAUCUGUAAUAUCAGUUUCACGUUAUUUGUGGUCAAGAGUUCAAACCGUUUUUUUGUGUUCGGGUCAGUCUGUGCAGUCUAUUUUUUUUCCCUCUUCAUGCCAGUGAUUGUGUGUGUGCUGAGUUGUGUGUGUGAUAUUUUUAUUUUUUAUUUUUCCUGCUGGUGAACUAUGUUUUGAAUCUCUGCUCUCUUUUCCACCCUUCCCUUGUCAGUAUUUUAUUUUUUCAACUUGUAAUUAAGUAUAUAUUUUGUCACUAAUAUAUACUUUCAAAAAAAAAUAGACUUGCGUGAAGUAUGAUGUGCACUUGAUUGCUCUUGUUCAUUUUCCUUUUUUUGCAUUAAUGUGGGCUAGGGAUAGUUUUGUCGGAGUCCAUUAUUUUGAGAUUGUUUGGACUUUUUUUAAUGGUUUGAUGUAAGCAGCAUUUUUUUGUAAAUAUUGUGAAACAUUACAGGUCAUGCAGUGAUGUAACAUUUUGAACAAUGUUGCACAGAUGUUUAAGAUAUUAAAAACAUGUUCACUCUUA